CCUACAUAGUCUUGUCUGUGGUAUCUCGGUCCGUCACCACGUAGCACUGCACUCGAUUUCGUCGCGCAACCCACGGCGGUCGCUCAUGCGACGUCGGCCAAGAAGACGCACAUCUCCGGGUGCUUCUCAACCAGAGUUUCUCCGCCGGAGCUGCAGUAAUGACGACCCCGGAUUGUACUUGCAUGACUACUUCGCACCGACGAUCCAAUCCUUGCUCCGUCACAGUGAGAACGGACAUACCAGCUCGCUCCAGCGGACCGUUUUCCCUCGUCCCAAAGCCAAGACAUUGUUAUGGCUCGGUGAUAUGACUACCCACCUUGAAGACCUGCUCCGGGAUUCCCUCGACGUCACAGACGUUGAUCUGCGCGGGUACUUCGCGCAGUUUGCGGAGAAACUAGAACAAAUACAUUAUCUGCCUUCUCCCAGACCGCCCAGCUGGGCCUACGCAAUACUUCUCAGCAGGUUCUCACCGAUCCUGCCGAACUCCAGACACUUUGCAAUUAGAGAGUCGAGUGAGAGUCUUCAAGUGCCAAAGUCGCCAUUGGAUGGAUUUUCUGCGGAGACUAGUCAUGACUUACACUCGGAAGACACAAUCUGCGGAGAGGGACGCCCGGUAUUCGCACACAAGCCUUGCGAAGGCGGACCUCAAGGUGGGCUCGUGGUUGGCACACUUGUUUGGCCAAGGAGGGUCGUUUGUCUCCUGAACCUUGACCUGAACCUCCAGAAGGGGAAGAAAGAAGGAACUCUGGCAGCGGCUGUACCAAGCGAAAUCACAUUCAUUCUGCAAGCUACGGAAGGACUGGGCGUCAUCUUGCUGUGCUUGUUUGUUUUUGCGCUACCGGGGGCGGCGCCGUAUCGUGUGGGAGAAUCUGUCGCCUCGCGCCGCUCAAGUCUCCAAAGGCGCGUGUACAUACCGCAUAUGGCAGCUGCCGAUGUGUCGUGUGAGCCCAGUGGGGCUUUCUGCCUCUAUGUCGGUCUUCGCCUGCGCCCGCUAAGCCAUUUUGCCCCUCACCCCAUGAAUUUUUUUGUUAUUGCGUUUUUUACCCUCUACCACAGUAUGCUGAUCGAUUGGGCGGCAGUCCCACUGGGGAAUGCAGAAAUACGCGCAUUUUGUGUAACUGAAAUUGAUACGGCGAGAUGCCAGCGCACUCUGACGUCGUACUUCAAUCUUCUUUCUUCUGCUCUUCUUGUCGAUUUACUUGCAUUGGAUUGA